AUGUGUGCAGUAUACGUCAAAGCCCGCCAUGUCAGCUACCAGCGCGGCAAACGCAACACGAACCCCAACGUGAGCCUCCUCACGCUUGAAGGUGUCGACAACACGCAAGACGCGCAGUGGUACCUCGGCAAGCGCGUCGCGUACGUCUACCGCGUUGCAGGUAGCAAAGAGGAUGGUCCUCGCGUGAUCUGGGGCAAGAUCCGCAGGACACAUGGCAAUUCAGGUGUCGUACGCGCUUCUUUCGCGAACAACCUCCCGCCAAAGUCGUUUGGUGCUAGCCUAAGGGUUAUGAUGUAUCCCAGCUCAGUUUAA